AUGAAAAUAAAACAAUCACUACUUUAUGCCUCAAAACUAAAGAAUUCAAGAUAUGGUCAACAUUUGGAUCACAAUGAGAUUAUCGAGAACUUGAUGUCUGAGCUGUUGAUCAGUGAUAUCAUUGACAAUAGGGUUGAUAUGUGUAGUGGAGGCGAACGGAAACGUAUAGCCAUUGCUUGUGAACUGACGGCUCAAAAAAGACCUAAUAUGCUAUGUAUUGACGAACCGACGAGUGGUUUGGAUAGUUGUGCGGCAAUUAAUAUAAUUCAAUGUCUUAAAGCUUUGUCAAAUAUUCACGACAUGACAAUUAUUGUAAGCAUUCAUCAGCCAAACAAUGAAUUAUUUCAUAUGUUUGAUAACAUCUAUGUUUUGGCCAAAGGAGGCGUUUGUGUGUUUGCCGACAGACCGAAACACUUAAAGCAAACCCUUAUUAAUAAUGACAUUAAAUGCGAUGAAAAUCAAAUUCCAAUCGAAGUAUUACUAGAAAUCGCUUCGGAGGAGAGCAUCGAAAUGGUUGGUACAGUUCUGGCCCUACAAUUGGUGAGCAAUUUAUCGUUUGUAAAGCCCGCCUACGAAUGCAUUGUUAUUAUGAUAUACGGCUUUAACCGCUGCUCUGAUAGCGAGAUAUCAACAAAAGGAGAAUAUAUUAACGAUAGAGAAAUAUAG